CAUAUCUCUUGCCAUUCUCUCCUACCAGGCUACCACAAUCUCUUCGAUCCAUAACCUUAAAUAAUUAUUAUCUCAACGAUUUUCGCCAUGCUUCCAGGAGAGCUUACAGGUAUUCAGUAUCUAGCGCCAGAAAACCCAAUUCCAUUCUCAGCUAAUCUUGGCCUGAUGCAGCAGACCAGUAUGCCGACUUUCCAUUAUAAUAGACUCAUAAGCAACUUUUACAGUAACCCUUCUUUCCCUCAGCCUGUCCAAGACUUCACUCAACAGUCUUCAAGUCUCAGCAACAAUUCAACUUCUGAUGAAGCGGAGGAAAACCAACUGAGUAUCAUCGACGAAAGGAAGCAGCGAAGAAUGAUUUCUAACAGGGAGUCUGCUCGCAGGUCUCGAAUGAGAAAACAAAAACACCUGGAUGAGCUAUGGUCUCAGGUGGUUCGUCUUCGAACAGAGAACCACAAUCUGAUAGACAAAUUGAAUCAUGUAUCUGAGUGCCAUGACCGUGUUCUUCAGGAGAACGCAAGACUCAAAGAAGAAGCUUCUGAUCUUCGCCAAAUGCUAACUGACCUGCAAAUUGGUAGUCCUUUCACUGCCAGUGCUUUAAGAGACCUUGAAGACGUCCCCUGCAACACAGCCCAUCUCAGAGCUGAAUCUUCAAACCAAUCCAUCUCUAGUUCUGUAGACUUACUUCAUUAGAAACAAAAAGAAAAAGGAGAGAGAGAGAGAUGUUUUUCCAAAAUAACUACUUUAUGUUUUAUCUGUUUGUUGCAGUUGUUAAUCAGUCUUUACCCUGACGAAUUUAGCUUGUAUGAGAACAGAAAUAGACUGCAAUAACAACCCUUGACCAUCUUCUUCUUA